CUAAGUUGAGGUCUCUCCACAAAUGAAAGAAAAUUGCAAAAAUCAUUUCAGUAAAUUGGCAAAUGGGAACUUCUUGCUUGUGUUCAACAACUCUCUUUAGAUAUCCACAGUGGAGGGUCAGCUAUGGCUACACCUCUGGCUGCUCACACAAUUCUCCCAAAAGACUACAAAUAACUGCCACAACUACUAUAACGGAAAAACAGACACGUGUCUCUGCUACUAGUAAGGCACGUACGCCAAUAAUAACUGCGGCGAUACUGGCGGCAGCUGCGGCGGUGAUAGUGGCGGUGAAUGGAGCGGAUGCGGUGGCAGUGGCGGCGAAGAGUGAAACGCAACAGGAAAUAAUUGGAGAGGAGACAUUUUCAAACGUACCGCAAACGCUGUCUGGUGAUUGUAGUGAUGGACAGAAGGAAUGUAACAAGGCUAGGAUUCAAAGACCAAAGUCAAGACAAGCAGAGACUUGUACUGUUAAAUGUGUGAAUACUUGUAUUCGUGGUGGUAGUGGAUCUCCUGGUGAAGGUCCUCUUAACGUUAGAAGACGGAUAAAAACACAUCGAGUACUCAUAGCUGAAGAGAUAUUUUGCAACUUUAAAAUUGUAAGUGAAGUUUACAUAGUUGGUGCAGUUUGAUUAAUAGUAUGUAAUUCAACUUCUUCUAUUCGGUUAAUUUAGCCUUCUGCAGUUCCUUUUUCUUUCAUCCCUCCUUUAUAAUGAUUGAAAAUGCUUGCAGGACAACAUAAGCAUGUAAGCAAAGAAAUGUCUACUUCAUGGUAUAUUAUUUCUAAUUUACUUAAUUGAUAGAUGAUAACCUAGUUAAAAUAACCAUAGUUCGUCAUCCUCCAAUCCAACCAGCCCCAUUUUCCAUCAAUUGUUUUAUAUAAAAAAGAAGACAGGAAAGGAAAAAUGACCAUGGCAUUAGAGACUCCUUUCUGUAGAAGUUAUUGAACGUGGUCAGGAUGUAAGACAUUU